AUGGCUAAUAUUCAUAGCCGUUCAUCAAAGAAGAAUAACGAUCCCGCUGCCGUUUUCCUGUCGCCUUCAUCCCAUGGAGACAAACUCGCCGAUGCCGUUGCUGCUGAUGUCUAUCACCCAGGAUUUCUCGGCCCUGGCUCUUAUGCCGUGUUACUUGCUCAGGAUGAAGAACCGGGUCAGCUACCUGAGCGCGAAGGGUCUGUCGCAUCAGAGAGAUCAGAUCGGGAACUUACCCAUCAGCACACUUUGUCCAAAUCAAUGAGAUAUCAGAUGGCGCAUGAUGUCCUAAGCACUUUUCGCCAUUACGACAUAAUAAAAGAGCUUGUACUCUGGUAUAACGCGCGCAACGAGGCAGGUGUAAUACCGGCACCAAUAGGAGUCGACGCUGUCAAUGCGCUGGAAGCUGUCGUCGAUAAGCACAAUCUGCGACGCAAAGAACCAAGCCCAGAGCUGAUAGCCCAAGUUCUGGAAACCACUGCGCGCCCUUUUACAAUAUCUCAGUCCCUCGAGGCCCGCGAUCUUCACAUACUAUGCUCAGGCGAAAAUCUCCGUUUUGAAUACAUUGGUUUCUUGCUCGCCACAGCUGGUCGCUCGCUCACGUUCGGUUUCGGACCAGAGUCAUACAGCGAUGUGAGUAAUAAAGACAUGAGGUUGCGCUUUACCGACGAAUUGCUUCGUGCAAGUACGACUUGUCUAUUCCUUACCACCAUGCUUGCUACAGUCAACGACCUUACCGUAUGGAUGUAUUACGAGAACUACCUAUUUACAGUCAUGAUGUGCGGAUAUGCUGGGCCGCCUGCUUGGAGACGCAUCGGGGAGCUGGCAACCCAGGUAUACGCGCUCGGCAUCCAUCAAGAGAGAAAGUGCGCCCAAGCGCCAACUUGGUUGGCAGAAACUCGCCGCCGACUCUUCUGCGCGGCUUACAACCAAGACAAAUCCAUUUCCACAUUUCUCGGUCGCCCUGUAAGAAUCAGUAAGAGACAUACUGAUAUCCACCUGCCGCUUGAUUUAGCCGAUGAUGAAGUAACGGGCAACGAGGAGGUACUCAACGCUGCCAUACAGGCUUUAGACCCGGAUGGUUGGAACACCAAAGGCAGAUGGCUUCGGGCGUCAUGGAUCCGUCUGCGCCAAAUGUCUCUUGAGUUUCGCGAAGAGAUACUCGAGUUUUCCUUUGUCAAAAUUGAUGCAAAUGCGGAAGCUCAACUUUUGGACAUAUCUCAGCGCAUAGGUACAUGUUGGGAUAUGCUGCCGAAGCACAUGCGUUAUUGGAAAACAUGCUGGGACGAUGAUGUUCCCACCAAAAUCUGCUUGAUGCUGUGCAUCGUUCAUCUUACCCACUGGUAUAACGAGUUCAUGAUCCAGAAACUACUCGACUACAGCCCCUUGACACUCAACACGGCAUUACUGCGUGUUUCAAUUGACUUACUGUCAAACACUCUCACCUUGGGUACAAUACGCGAUCGGUCGUAUGAUGUUCACCGCGACAUGCUGCAUUGCGUGCUGCUUUUUGGGAUUCCAGCUGCCUCAGUUCUAGCCACAGCACUUCGUGAGCAACACCACACAGGCCAGCAGUUUCCUUCUGGAAUCUCCCGAUCAGAAAUCAUCCGAAUGCUUAGCGUGCUCAUCUCGCAUCUCGAUGCUGCCGCGCACAUGGAAAACUCUGGAGCGAGGCAUGGCGAGGCAAACUACAAUUUGUGUCGCAAGGCGAGUAAGAUUUUCACAAAGAUUAUUGACACGGUGUUGGAUCCAAAGGCCGUGGAAGAGAUCACACCAGCUAGUGAUCAGCUGGGAAUGGACCUUGGCUUGGAUCUAUUCUCUGGCGCUGGGUUAGAUGGUUUCGAGGGAAUGGAUUUUCCUGGGCUGGGAAUUGGCCCUAGCACAAGUGGGGGUGUCAAUGAUGCUACUAAUGUGGAUUGGGGGGCUCUUGGACAAUGGAGUGCUUGGACUGGACCUGUGUAA